AUGCGGUUGAACCUGCCUGAAUAUACUCUCUUACCGAUGACGAAUGCUGCUGAAGCUAGCAAUCGGAAUGCCACAUGGCAAAAGCACUUAUGGGGCUGCCUUCGAGAUAAUCGGAGCAUCAUUCACAUCUCAGUGCUGUAUAUUGCGAUUCUCACACUUUUAGUCUAUAAUAACUUUAUAUGGACUGUGGCAAGGCCAACUGACCCAAGUCAGAUACUCUACUCACCUGCCGAAAGUACCCUUGAAUAUGAAACCAAAGUGUUUCCAGAAAAUAUCUGGACCAAAAGCCCAUAUAUGACUGGAGGCAAUGGCCUUCCCUCGAACGAAACCGAUGGCUUGUGGGAUGAUCUUUAUAAAUAUGGGAUUGUCAAAGUUAACGCAGAAGAAGCAUCCAAUCUCCCAAAUAGCACAGCAGAGCUGCCUCACGAGUCAGGAUUUUAUGUAAUAGAGAUUGAUGUCUUUCAUCAACUGCAUUGUCUCAAUUACAUCAGGAAAGCUCUCUAUCCUGAUCGAUAUAUGCAUGAAUUCCGCGAUGCAUAUGAUACAGAAGGAAAAAGAAACUAUUCUGGGCACGAUGCAAGGCACUAUGAUCAUUGUAUUGAUUCAAUCCGCCUAGCAAUGAUGUGUCACGCCGAUAUAUCGAUAAUCCCCUGGCAGUUUGAUCCAGCAAAAGAAUAUCCAACUCCCAAGCUAGAAGUAGCACACACUUGUCGUAAUUUUGACGCUGUACACGAUUGGGCUAAAAGCCGCGCAGUUGCAAACGAGGGCGCUUUAGAGUGGUCACCUGGCCUUGAGACAGAUUUCAAUAUGUUGGGUGGUGGCGUCCUAGCUCUAGUUUAA